AUGAAUUGGGAAAGAAUUGUUCAAAUACCAGAAAAAUAUAAGAAAAGAUAUCAGAAAUCAUAUAUACUAAUAAUUGUUACAGGAAUUUCUUUAAUCACAUUUACUACAUUCAUUAUUAUAUCUUUUCCUUUAAUUAAUCUUAAUAAAUUAAAACAUAAAGAAUAUUUAUAUUUAUCUUCAGAACAAAUAGAAACUCAUAAAGUUAAUAAUUUUAAUGUGCAAAAAAAUAAUUGGAAAGAUAACGUUAUUGAUGUGGCUACUUUUAACUAUGAAGGAAAAUGUAAAAACUUCUUUCAAUUUAAACCAAACAAUAAAAGAGAUUUAUUAGUAUAUUCAUUUGGAUUUUUUACAAAAGGGAUUUAUAUGAAACAAAGAACUGCUGCUUUAAAAACACUUUCUAUAACAAGACAAGCUAUUCCUCAUGCAAAGAUUGUUGCUUUAUUAUUAUGGCCAUCACCUACACCUUUAUUAUAUGAUGAUAUGAAAAAAUAUAAUGUAGAAGUGGUUGACAUGAGUGAUAUACCAUUUGGACAUUUUGUAGUUACUAGAUAUAUUGCUUUUACCAGAUAUAUUAAACGACACCAAAGUGAUUAUGAUAGAGUAAUAUUUUCUGAUACGAGAGAUGUUGUUAUAUUUAAUGAUAUAUUUGCUACAUUUGGUGUUAAUGAUCUAAUAUGGACAACUGAAUGUCCAUUUGCAACUAAUUCUACUUCAAAUGAAUUAUCAUUAGACUUUUGUUGUUCUCCAGCAAAUAACCAUAAUCAUUUCCAAUGGUUAGAAUCAUUUUUUGGAGAUGAAAUAACAAGAAAUAGUGUUAUUAAUAAACAAAUUUCGUUAAAUGGUGGAUUUGGAAUGGGUGGAAUGAAAAAAAUGAUAAUUGCAAUGAAUUCUUUUGUAAAAAGAAUGAGAUGGUUUCCUUCUUUCUUCUUUGGAUAUGACCAAGCAUUAAUGAAUGUGUUAUAUUAUUCAAAAGAAUUUGGAGUUGAAAUGAAAUUAGAAGGAUGUACACAAAGGAGUUGUUUUUAUGGAAAACAUCUAUUAAAACUUAAAAAUAAAUCAGUUAUUUAUUCAGAUACUGGAUGUAGUCCAAUUGUAGUUCAUAAAUUAACAUUAACAAAUUCUGAUUAUCAUAUGACUUAA